GUCGUUUCGGUGUGUGGAUGGAGGGUAAGGAGCCUGCUGUAAUAUGCGUCCACAGGCCCGGCGCAUCUCUGUAUUUUCUCUGUUGGUGUGUUGGUGGCGGCUGAGUGAGAGGUCCAGAGAUCUCCGGCGUGCGAACAAAGAUGACGCGUGAUCUGCUGCCGUACACGUGCCCGCCCCCCGGCGCCCAGCAGCAGCAGCAGCAGCAGCAGCAGCAGCAAAAGGAGGGGCAGAAACGCGCGGGGCUCAACCCAGAUGCGCCGCCCUUUCUGUUCCCCAGCCACAGCCACACUGCAGCGACCACCAGCACCAUCCCAGAAAAGGCCACACCGCCCGGCAAGCAGCCACAGGACCAUUACUACCUGAGCCAACACGAGCUGCCCCUGUUCAGAACGGUCAGCAGGUCUUGUUUGCGUAUCGGGUGGAUGGAUGGACCGUAUGUGUGCAAUGUGUCUGUCAUGUGUCAGUUGGUGUGCGAGGAGUAUCGUAUCUACGGCUGGUGUGCCCGUGGGGCUGACCGGUGCCCACACAGCCACUGCCUGGCGUGGCAGCGACGCAACCCGCAGGUCGUUCCAUACGGGUGGGUCAGCAGCACCAAUGACGCACACACAUACAUGGAGUGAUGAAAUGGGAAACAGGGCGUGCGCAUCCAUCUCUAAGAGAUGUGUGUGUGUGUGUGUGUGUGUGUGCGCAGGUUCGAGCUGUGUCCGUACAUAUCGUUUGUGAAGAAGGAUGGCAAGAUGCGCCUCAUCAACGACUGCAGACGCAAAAGAUGGGUAGGCCAUUGAGCGGGGGGAGGGGAGAGGGGGGGGCAGAGAGCAGAGCAAAGGCACGAACGUAUACACACGUGCCGACUUGAUAUGUUGUGUCACUGCGGUCGAUGGGCGUCUGUCUGUCUGUUUGCGUGUGCCUGUGCGUGUGCGGUGCAGUGCAAGUAUUCGCACACCAAGGAGGAGCAGCUGUACCACCCCAGCACGUACAAGACCAAGUACUGCCAGGCAUCGCCAUGCACACGAUUCUUCUGCCCGUUCGGUCGGUACCACAAACAACACAUAUCACUCACGCAUACAGACGACAACAAACAGCACAACACACAAACCUCCUUGCUUCUUCCCCUCCUGCAUCAAUCCAUCAGCCCACAGUGAGGCGGAGUUGCGCAGCAGCGAAAACGACGCCUACCAGUCGCCAGAAGUGCCACUCCCUCCGCCACCCCCACCCCCACCACCCCCUCCCCCUCCCCCUCCCGUGACACAGAUCGACAACACAUACACCACCAUAGACAGCCCGGCCAUGGACGACAGCACGCCCUUCUCCUACCCCUCCAGCAUGCCGAUGCGCGGUGGCGGGGUGUUCGGCAUGCAUGGUGCGGGCAACAAUGUGGUCAGUGUGGGGGCGCGGGGGGGGACGGGUGUAUCGGGGCUGGGGAUGGGGGAAGGUCUGGGAGGGGGGUAUGCAUGCGGCUAUGGGAAUGAUGGUUAUCGCGGGUAUCCUGACCCCCCUCCCCCCAAGUAUGCCUUUGUGCACUUUCGCAAGCCGGGGGACGCAGUGCCGCCCCCCUAUGAAUACGAUCCACGGAAGGUGCACACCAGGGGAGGGAGCACCAGGGGAGGGAGGGAGGGAAGAAACAGCGAGAGACAGACAGAGAAAAGAAAGAGCCGCAGGUUGGUUGCUAUGCUAUUCUGAUUUUGUGUUGGUUGGUCUCUGAUCUCUGCUCUGCAAUGAGUGCAGGAUCCAGCGAUAGCUCAGAAGCCAGUAAUGCGGAUGGACAAGCGGACGGACAAGCGUGCCGCCGCACCACCCAAGCCACGGACCAGCAGCAACACCCCCCGCCCCCCGUCCACACACCGACCCAUCACGACCACCAGCAGCACCAGCCAUUACUCGGCCUACUCGACUGCGAGCCACACGCCCUUCCCCGAGAUGCAGUUGCAGGUGCAGCAGGACCAGGACCACACCCACUCCCACCACAAGCACCUGCCGGCCAUCAGAGAGACCGUCGGCACCACUGACGGCGGCACAACAAUGGCAUUGGGGUGUGUGUCUCUGCCGUAUGGGGCGCUCAAGGCCAACAUGGUGGAGCCGGCAGGGGAGGAGGAUAGCAACAGCAGCCAUAGCAGCAAUGAAGAGAUAGACGAGCACAUAGAAGCUGACGACGGCGAGUGGACCGAUGUGGGCGGGGAGGAGGAGACACACUAGACAGAGAGGGUGUGUGGGAGGCGCGGAGGUAGGGUGGUAUUGUGUGCUGGUUGAUGGAAUGCUCAUGCAUGUCAUUGACUGACUAGCUGGUCGGUGCAGCGUGUGUUAACUGAUGGAUGGAUGGAUGAAUGCCCC